GAUGAGCUGAAUUAAUGCUGAGACACGGAGCAGCCCGAACACUGAGCUCUGAACACACGACAAACCGGAUGCUUACACUCUGAAUAGCGCACUGCAAACCAUCGCCAUUACAUCUCUGAGAGGCCUACAUGAUAUAGCUGGGUGUUGUUUUAUAGCAGAAAGAUGAUUUCUCCGUGGGACAGAUGGUACACGACGAGCUGCUGCCUCUGUUGUCAUGUACGGACGGGCACCAUAAUCCUCGGCGUCUGGUACAUGCUCAUCAAUGCCGUGGUCCUGUUGAUCCUGCUGUCUGCUCUAAAUGACCCAGUGCAGUAUCACUACCAUCUCACCAGUGCUGAACUCGGCACAGAUUUGGAUGUCAUGGAUGAUGCAAACAUGUGCAUCGCUGCUGCAAUUUCCCUGCUGAUGAUAUUGAUUUGUGGGAUGGCGACUUACGGUGCUUAUAAGCAACAUGCUGCUUGGAUUAUUCCAUUUUUCUGCUACCAAAUUUUUGACUUUGCCCUUAACACCCUGGUAGCAAUAAGUGUCAUGGUUUACCCGAACACCAUCCAGGACUACCUUGAUCAGUUGCCUGGGACCUUUCCAUACAAAGAGGACCUAAUGUCCACCAACAACAUCUGCCUAUUGUUUGCGGUGCUCGUGUUCAUCGGCUGUAUUUUGGCCUUUAAGGCGUACCUGAUUGCCUGUGUGUGGAACUGCUACAGAUACGUUAGUGGAAGAGGCACCACAGAGGUCUUGGUUUAUGUCACCACUAACGAUACAACAGUGCUGCUCCCAUCCUAUGAAGAGGUUGUCGCUAUUCCUCCGAAGGAGCCUCCACCUGAGUAAAAACACUCAGCAUGAGACAGAUGUUUUCUCUCUCAGAUUUCAUCCGUCUUCUCCCUAAAUAUUCUCCAAAGAAAAGAUUUUUAGUCAGUGUUUCCUAUUUCCCCAACUGAAACCAUCCACUUUUUACUCUGUGACGUCUCUAUCCUUUACUCCCUGAAGGCAGUAGUGUGAUUUGCUCCUCCCUUUGCGAGUCUCCACAGCCUUCCCAGCAGCCCAGUGCUGCGUGUCAGCUCCAAUUUGGAUUUGCACUUUCAGCGUUCAGUGAUUCCGCACGACACUGACCUCCCCCUUUUUUAAAUACUGUGAACUUCUCAGAACUGCUGUCGGCUACUGAAAUACCUGACAUUUAAAUGUGGCAGGUGUAAUAAACGUGCAAGUUACUUAAGAGUAAUUUCCAACCUGCAGUUUUCCCAGGAACCUGAUGAAUGUGGCCACCAGGGUAAUAAUAGCAUUCUCUAAUAUUCAUCUUUAUAACACAGUGAAUUGUGAGAAAUCUUUCAAAAGAUCCACAAUGACCAAUCUACAACAUUUAACAGGUUUCUAACAACAGUAGCCAAUAUUUAGGGUUUCAGUUUCAAAGUUACUAAUACAAAUAAAGUUCAAAUCAUUUCCUAGUGAUUGCUUAAAAGAAAUAUUUGGCAAGUAUUCCAUUUUCAAGAUCAGAAAAAUAACAUGUAUAUAGAUGCAACUUUAUGAUAAGAGUUUCAAUGUGAAAGUAAUCUUGUGAUUUUCACAACAUUAUCUUCAUUAUCUUUCAUCUGAAAACUAAAUCUAAAUGUGGCUAUUUCAGACACAACCCCGUGUUGCUGAUUUGAUUUAAAACCAUACAUCCGGUGGCUUCCAGUCCUAUGCAGAGUCGCCAUGUUGUUUUUGCACAUUAGUCUUAAUAAUUCAUGCUGUACGUUCUCUGAUAAAUAGGGUACUGAAGGAAAGGUAGACUGUAUGUAGCACAGCAAUGUAGUAUUAAAUAUGAAUACGAGUGACAUGAAAAAUCUCCUGAUGUCUUCCCUAGCUUGAUUCUGCUUAAGAUUUGAAAAGAAAUUUCGUAUAUAAAGAGCUAUGCAACAACUAUGCAGAAUUAUCUUCAACCGUACUAUGUUUCAACCCGGAGCACUUUCUUAUCAAUGCCUUAAAUGAAGCCCACAGACUCUUAUUCACUGCUCUGUUAGGUUAUUUCCCAAGAAUUGACAUUUUCUGCUCAUCAGUUAUUUAGAAUAAAGUCACUUGAUGACAUCAGUGAUUAUUCAUUAAAAGCUAUGAUUUAUGUAGCUCUGGUUAGCAAUGGAAGGAAAUUUGCUUCUUAGUAAAUGACAAAAAGGGACAAAAAAUAAUAAACAAAUGACAUAAACCAAUGGGUUUUUAUAUUUUUGCCAUAUUUUCAACAAUGAACCCAUCUCUGGGAUUUUAAACUAUUAUUUAUGAAGCAGUGACAUAAUGUCUGUUUGCUCCAGUUAAGUAUUCAAUACAGAAGAGCUUCGGAUUGAAAUGUAGGAAAAUAUCGCUACAUGCAGUAACCAUUUUGCCAUGAAUCAUAUCGUUAUUCAGAGUCAAUCAAUUUGUCCUGUGAUGUGUUUAGGUUCCUAAAAUCUAACAUUAUAACCUGAUCCAAUCAACACCUUAACUUUAGAAGUGUGUAAAGGAAAAAAUGUUUGUUUAGGGAAAAAAAAGUCAGUUCCGAAAUUUCUUACUGGUUUUUACUGUUGGUCGUAUGUUUUGUCUGUAACUGAGGUGAUUUGACUUGACGUUCUAUCAGCUGCAAUAUUUGUACUGAACAGUUCUUAAAAUUAAAAGAUUCUUACGUUGA